AUGGAACAGAGAAGACCAACAAGUGGGUCUCAGCAAGGGAGGCCCAGGAAAAAGGUGGAUAACCCGUAUUUGGGGACAGACUACAUGCAGAUAAGUCCUGGAUACCGUAUGAGAAGGACAAAGAGAGAAUGGAAACCCUUGGAGGAUCGAAGUUGCACGGAUUUGCCUUGGUUCCUUUUAUUUACUGUUUUCUGUGUCGGAAUGGGGAGUAUCUUUGGGUUCACCAUUGCCACAGGGGGCGCAGCCCGCCUGGUCUUCGGAUAUGACAGCUACGGGAACACCUGCGGCCAGCGCAAUGAGCAGAUUGAAGGGGUCAGACUGAGUGGACUGGAUCAGACGGACAAAAAAUAUGUGUUCUUCCUGGACCCGUGUAACAUUGACAUAGUGCAGAGGAAGAUCAAGUCCAUGGCCCUGUGUGUGUCUGUGUGUCCUGAUGAAGAGCUGAAGACGUACCAGGACCUCAAGCGGUUUGCCGUACACAACGGGUCGGAGCUGUGCUCCUACGAGCUAGCCGGCCACAAAUAUCCCAGCCUUCCAGAGAGGUUUGACAAAUGUCCCAAACUUCCAGUUCCACCAAGCAAAUCUCUCCCGGUGUUUAACCGCUGCACGCCGGUGGACAUCUCCUGCUAUGCCAAGUUUGCUGAGGCUGUGGUGACGUUUGUGAGUGACAACAGCGUGCUGCACAGGCUGAUCGCUGGUGUGAUGGCCAGCAAGGUGAUCAUCGUGGGCCUCUGCCUGCUGGCACUAGUGCUCUCCAUGAUCCUGAUGGUGAUCAUCCGCUACAUCUCUGCUGUGCUGGUCUGGAUCUUCACUGCCACGGUAGUCCUGGGCUCUCUGGCGGGCACAAGCAUCCUGUGGUGGAUGUACAUAGACUACCGGUUAACUGUCAACAAGACCCUAUCUACAGAGACUGAAGAUGCUAAGGAGGAAGCUGAGAUGUCCAGGGACAAUGCCCAGGUGCUGCUGGUGUAUGCCAUCGCUGCCACCGUAUUCACAGUGAUCCUUCUCCUGCUGAUGCUGUUCAUGAGGAAGCGUGUGGCGCUGACCAUCGCCCUGUUCCAUGUGGCCGGCAAGGUGUUCAUCCACCUGCCGCUGCUCACCCUGCAGCCCUUCUGCACCUUCCUGGCCCUGCUCCUCUUCUGGUUCUACUGGAGUCUGGUGCUGCUCUUCCUCGGGACCACCGGGAAUCCGGUCCAGAACGAGGAGACUGGUCUGACAGAGUUCCGGCUGACUGGGCCUCUGCAGUACAUGACGUGGUACCACGCUGUGGGCCUCAUCUGGAUCAGUGAGUUCAUCCUGGCCUGCCAGCAGAUGACUGUAGCUGGGGCUGUGGUCACGUACUACUUCACAAGGGACAAGAACAAGCUGCCGGUGACGCCCAUCCUGUCGUCAUCGUUGAGGCUGAUGAGGUACCACCUGGGCACUGUGGCCAAGGGGUCCUUCAUUAUCACCCUGGUCAAGAUCCCACGCCUCUUCCUCAUGUACGUCCACAACCAGCUCAAGGGCAAGGAAAAUGCAUGUGCUCGCUGCAUGUUGAAGACCUGUAUCUGCUGCCUAUGGUGUUUGGAGAAGUGCCUCAACUAUUUGAAUCAGAAUGCGUACGCGGCGACAGCCAUCAACAGUACCAGUUUCUGUACGUCGGCGCGUGACGCCUUUGUGAUCCUGGUGGAGAACGCUCUAAGGGUUGCGGCCAUCAACGCUGUUGGAGACUUUGUCCUUUUUCUUGGCAAGAUCCUGAUCGUGACGUCCACAGCGUUCGCCGGCGUACUGCUGCUUAACUACCAGCGGGACUACGCAGAGUGGGUCCUCCCCCUCAUCAUCGUCUGCCUCUUUGCCUUCCUGGUGGCCCACUGCUUCCUGUCCAUGUUCGAGAUCGUGGUGGACGUGCUCUUCCUCUGCUUCGCCAUCGACACCAAAUACAAUGACGGCACACCGGGCAGAGAGUUUUACAUGGACAAAGCCCUGAUGGAGUUUGUGGAAAACAGCAGGAAGCUGGAGCGGGUGGCGGAGCGAGGGCGGAGCCGGCCCACUGAGGUGGUGUCGGUGGAGGGGGCGGAGAUGAAGCCCAUGGUGAGUGAGAGCGGCGGGGGCGGCGACUUGGGCGGAGAAACUGAGGCGGUGGGCUGGGGCUUGGAUGGAGGCGGGGGAGAGUGGGAGGAGCUGCAGGAGUUCCAUGUGUAUUACCUCCUAGCAGGGGUGCUGGUGGACUGGGCCCUGGGGGAGCAAAGUACCGUGGUCCCCUUGAUCCUCUGCCUGACUGAGGACAUGGUCCUCUUCUUCUUCGUCUACCUGCCCACCUCCACACUCUUCCUCUUCGCCACGCUGCUCCAGAAACCCUCCCCCGCUGUCGUGCCUCAGCCACAACCGAAGCCACCUAAACCGUCUUCUUCUCAUGCUAGCUAACGCAUGCUAUCUAAUGCACAACCACAGCAUCCCCCUCAUCUCUACUAACUAUUCAAUCCCUUUCAGUUUUUGUCUCGCCUGUCAUCUCCUGGGUAUCUUGAACCUGAAGUGUACAUUUUGUUCAUUUUUUGUUGUUGCCUUUUCAUCACCAUGGUGCUUUUUGGUAGAGAAGGACAUGUCUGGCAGUGCAGAUAAUCAGCUGUCAGCUUAGAAAGAUGGGGGGGGGGGGGAAUGAACAAAGGAACCGUAUGAAAUGAACAGUCCACCCCCCCCAAAGUAAACAGCAGUGAGCAACAACAAGGGCAGUUUUUAUUCUGCAAUGCUAAAAGGGACCGAUGGGGAGAUGGAUGUAUGACUCAUAUUUCCCGUCUAAUGUACCGUGCUACUGGAUUUCCUGCCGGAAUUAUUUAGACAGCUGUUAGGAGCUACUGAAGUUGCCAACUCUGUUUACUUGUAGAUUUGGCCUUUGCUUAUCUCCUAGAUACACUCAGAUAGCAUUAUGGGUAAAAUUAAUAUUGUAAUUUGGUAGUUAUAGAGGUAGUAUCUCCCCCAAUAGUUUAAAGUAAUAAGCUAUGUGUAUUUGUCAUAAUGCACAAUCAGUGUUGAUAACCGCAGCAAUUCAGCUUUUACACCAGGAUACACAGGUGUAUCCCUCAGCCCUCCCUCCGCUGAAUGUCCAGCCUUCAGGGCACAAGAUGGACCCCCUUACCCCCUCACCAUUCCACUGCAUGGUGUCCAUUUUCUGUAACUUGUCCAUUUUUAAAAAUUAUUUUGGAAAUGGAUCUAACCCUUUUUUUCACCCAUUCCAUAUUUUUUUAAAGACUGCAUGCGAUACUGUGAAUGGAGUAAUAACACUUGAAUAACUUUGCUUUCCAGGCUCCAGGAACAAGUUCAGCUUGACCAAAAUCGACUAAUGGAACUUUUUAAAAAGACAUUCCAAAAUGUUUAUUUUUACCAAUGUGUAACAUGUUUACUAUGGUUUUACUCCAGGGAAUACAAUAUUUUAAUAAGAAACUGUAAAAAAAAAAAAAAAAAAAAAAACACUAUGUAAUGAAGCACUUUAUAUUGAAGCCCUGCAUAUUUUAAAAGGCUGAUGCAUUUUUCGUAGUGAUGUCCUUUUUUAUAAGACUAAAAAAAUGAUUGCCAUCUAGUCGAACACAGUACUAACAUGUAUUGAAACACUUUGGGUUGGACAUUUGUCAUGCAAUGAUAUAGCACUUAGAUGUGUGUUUUUAAUCAACCACUGAAACUUAAGUACGUUACUCACGUUUGCAUUGGAAUUGUGCGCCUAAUAAGAGUUGUUUUGAAAGUAGGUGUAUUUUUACCAGAUUGCAGCAUACUUCUGAAAGCCCCCCCCCCCCCCCCCAAGGCUGGCUGUGAUUUGAUUAUUUUUCUUACAUUUUUGGGAUGUACAGGAACAGAGGAUGUGAUCAUACAUCUGUGUGUAACACCAGGGGGAAGACUACUUCUAGUUCCCAUGGUCUGGAGGGACAAAGGGACAAAGUUACUGCCAAUUGGAAGUGUAUCCCCCUCAUACCUAGACACUUCUUCUUAGAUAUACGAGGGACCAUGAGAAGUUUCUAGGUGUUGGGACUAGGGCUGCGGCGGUCAUGACAUUUUGUCAGCUGGUCUCAUGGUAAUUGACCAUUAAUUAACAUGAACAUGUUUAGCAUCUCCUGGCUUCCAUGCAUAGCCAACAAGCCUCUGAUGCAGUCCUUUGGAACAUCAACAUUUAAAAAAAGUAUAAAUCUAUUUAAUAUAGCCUACAGGUCCAAAUAAACAUGAUACAAAGAAAAUGUAGUCUAUUUCAGAAGAACAGAAUAGCAUACUCUGAAUUGUCUUUGUUUGGCACUGAUCUGGCUAUGCGACACUUCACUAGUGUACCUACUAGGUACUAAGGGUUCAUUUCUUUGAAUUGGACAUGACAUUAACAGAGAACAAUCCAGAAGGCUGCAAAGUCUGUUGCUUUUCUUAGAACUCAACCAAUUGUGCACUAGUUUAUGGAUUCACUUGGUUUAUUCAUCAAACAAGUCCGUCUUUAUUUGGAUCGAUGGACAUUUGAACUAAUUGGAGUCCUCUUCCACUGUUGUGGGAAGUCUCAGUAGAAAGCAAACUCAGACUUUGUAGCCCUCAAGCAAUAACGCAACACCGUCAGUAUUUACCACUACAAAAAUGUCUUCCUACUUGCACUACAGUUUUUCAAGACAAACGGUCCUGGCAUAGCGAUAGCAUCUCUGUUAUGUUAGGUGAGGGGGACACAAACUCGCACUUUGCCUUAACUGGUUCCAUAGGCUGCGCCCACUAUGUUAUUGGUUAGUAAUGUGACUCCCAUAAGUGUAUAAUGGGGGUAGAAGUGCUGUAAGCCUUAAAGUCCCCUCUUCUUUUUGCAGUAGAUUUGUGUAUUUGAUACCCAGAGCACUGAAUCCAUCGACACAACUGAAGAACUGUCUCCCCCUUUUUUUGAUUGAUAAGUCAGAAAAUGCUACCUUUUGUUUACGUGAAGGGGUUCAGAAUGGUAUGAAUUGCACAUUAUGAUGUAUGCCGUUAUUUUGUAAUGGGAGUUUAAUAAUGUGUUGACAAGACUGAAUAGUAUUCUGAAAUUAAGUGAUCCUGGUGGAUAUUUUCAAUGUUGUUGAAAGGAGAGGUGGCUGUGACUGUUCACACAACCUUUCAUUUUCAGCCUCUUGUGAGCGAACAAGCGCCAGCUGUCCUUCACAAAAACAAUGUUUCAAGACAGGAAAACUAUAAAGUAUUUUGGUAAGCUUUUCUCCGGGUAUACACUAGGAUUUGUCCAGGAAAUAUUAAGAGCAUGC